AUGAGAGCGACAGGGGGUGUUUGCGGGCAAACAGACAGGGAGAGAGGCGAUCCGCUCCCUCCGUCCCUGAUUGAUCUACUAAGAGACUCUCCCAUCUCCUCAGUAGAAGACCUGGAGCUGCUGCUGCUGCAACAAGAGUCAAACGCAAAUGAAGAUGAAGAGGAUGAGCAUGAUACUCUUCCAAACCCGGCCCAUGCCCGAUACGUCAGAAGUCUUGCUGAAGCACAGACAGCUCAGCAGGCAGCCUGUAAAACUCGAACAGAGGUAAUGGAAGUGACAAGAUCCAUGCUGGAUCGCCGCAAUGCCAACUUCCUGCUGUGGCCGUCGUGUGUGGAGGUGCAGCGAUGUUCAGGCUGCUGCAACACCAGGACGCUGCAGUGUGUCCCCACAGUGACCUCCACCAGAUACCUGAAGGUCAUAAAGCUCCAGUACAUAAACCAGAAAGCCCACUAUGAAACAGCCAUCAUCUCAGUGGAAGAUCAUGUCACAUGUACGUUCCAAACGUCCUCCUCAUCUUCAUCUUCUUCAACCAUCUCCAUCCCUCGCUCUCCAAAUCAGAGCAACCCAAAUCCUUUUCCUUCCCCUCCAAUGAAGACUCCUCCAUCCUCCUACGUUCCUGUGUCCCCUCCCCGGCCCAUUCACCCUGCCUCACCAAGGACCCACACCUCCAAGGCUGACCUGCAUCGCCACGAUGAUCUGAAACACAACCAACAGCAUUACCAUCCGCAGGAGCACGAGCCGACGGUGAGGCAGUGGCAGCAGGGCAGUUACACUCAGUUGGUGCGCUGGACGCAGCCUAGAGUGCAUCAAGCCCCCACGCACGUGCAGACAAAUGUGCACCAGACAGAGACUGGGUCGCUCAGGUCGGUCAGCAGCUGGCCAUCUGAAGCCAAAGCAGAACACGCGGUGAUGGGAAGCACACAGCAAGCAGGACAUGGGAGUGGCUACGACAGGAGCCAUGAGGAGACUGGAGGGGAGGAAGUGCACCAUCAUGAUCAUGAACAGAGGCAGCAGCAGCUGCUACAGCACCAGCAGAGCCUGCAGCAUCAGUAUAAUCAACAACCGCAGUAUCCUCAGCAGCACAACUACAGAGGAGAGGAGGACCAGGAGCAGCACUGGCUCAACGCUCCCCAGUCUGACAGCGCCUCUCCAUCUGCCGUUCUAACCCAGCCACCCAAACUCGAAGGAAACCCCACCCCUUUUCCAUCUAUAAUUCAAAAAGACUCAGUGACCAACCAACAAUUUACUGAGGUCACUAAAACCAAACUGACUGAGACUGAAAAGGCCAGUCAACAAGAGGGGAACGAGAGGGAGGAAAGUGGGUCGGACAUUAGUGGCGACUUGGCCAGGGCAGAACUGGCCAAUCAGGGGAGGAGAAUGAACUCUGAAGGUUCUUUAACAGAAGAGGAGAGAAGACAGAAACUUCUAGAGAUGGUACAGAGUGAACCAGAAAAAACAUCUCUUCUUCAUCGUCAGCGCCAUCAUCGACAUCAACGUCACCACCGUCAUCAACAGAGACCAAAGCCAAAUAAAACAGCAAUCUCUACCAUAGCUCCUAGGACGGCGGCAGCUCAUCAGACACCUCUCCGACCUCCUCGCCGCAGGAGAAAACACCGCAAACGCAUGAGUAAAGCUGCUAUGAGAGCUAAGAUAAUGAAGUUAAGGGCCUGCCCACUGUUGAUACCCACCCCCACUCAGCCCAUUUAUGGUACCACCUUGUUUGAGGUUCCAAGAGGACUACUCCGAGGUGCCAUUUUUGACGUAAGCAGACAGCAGCCAUUGAUUGGCCGGCAGGGUUACUUCACUGGAUGA